AUGGACACAGCCUCCCUGACAGAUGAUCAUGGCUUCUCAGAAGCCACAGGCUCUACCAACUUUGGUGUGACCCUAGAGUGGCCAGACUCGGAGGCUAUACUACAGAGUAUUGUAUCAUCCGAUUGGAAUACCUUCCCAUUGCCUCCAGGAACUCUUCCUAUGACACCGCCUCCGCCCAUGCCGCCACCUCUACAGUUGCAGCAUGCAGGAGCAGCUCCCACCACUGAAACGAUCAUAUCUCGCCGGAACGAGGAUCCCGAGCAACUUUCACCAGAAAUGGUUUUCAAGAAGCGGUCCAGAGUCUGA